AUGAAGCCCAACAACAACAACACCAAUAGUCGCCCUCGACGUCGUCUUGACUUAACUUUACCUUUACCUUUACCCCAUCCCCAGAUCGCUGUUCCUCUCCCUCUCCCACCCUCCUCCGCCCUCCAACACCAACACAUCAACUUUUCCGACCUCCAUCGGAUCAACAGAAUCGGAAGCGGCAGUGGCGGUACUGUUUACAAAGUCCUCCAUCGCCCUACCGACACCCUCUUCGCUCUCAAAGUAAUCUAUGGAACCCACGAUGACGAUGCCCGCCAUCAGAUCCGUCGAGAAAUCGAGAUCCUGCGUGGGGUCGACAACCUUAACGUCGUCAAGUGUCACGACAUGUUUGAUCGUGCCGGUGAGAUUCAGGUGCUUCUAGAGUACAUGGACGGUGGUUGUCUUCAAGGCACGCACCUGUCCGAUGAGUCCUUGUUGGCCGAUCUCACCCGUCAGAUUAUCUCCGGCCUUUACUACCUCCACCGGCGAAAGAUCGUCCACCGUGAUAUAAAACCUUCCAAUCUGUUGAUUAAUUCCAAGAAACAAGUGAAGAUUGCGGAUUUUGGGGUUUCGAGAAUCUUGGAACAAACGAUGGAUCCCUGUAAUUCUGCGGUGGGUACGAUUGCUUACAUGAGCCCGGAAAGAAUAAACACCGACCUGAACGAAGGAAAAUACGACGGGUGUGCCGGAGAUAUAUGGAGCGUGGGGGUGAGCAUUUUGGAAUUCUAUCUGGGGCGUUUUCCGUUUACCGUCGGAAGACAGGGUGAUUGGGCGAGCCUUAUGUGUGCAAUUUGCAUGUCACAGCCACCAAAAGCGCCGGCGACUGCUUCUCGUGAGUUCAGAGAUUUUGUUGCAUGCUGUUUGCAGAAGGAUCCGGCGAGGAGAUGGACGGCGGCGCAGUUGUUGAGGCACCCGUUCGUUACAGGAGCAGCUCUAAACCAUAAACAUAGCAGUUACAGUCAGGUGCAUCCAACAUAUGAGCUACUUCCUCCUCCAUGUCCACAAUUUUCUUCAUCCUCUUGA